AUGGAAGAGUUCUUCUGGGGAUGUGACAUAUAUCAAACCAAGGAAAUACAAAGUAAGCAAAUAGACGCUACAAUACUCAUGGAAAAAAUCGACUAUAAGAAUGACUUACUAAUGGAUAAAAUACACUAUCAAAAUGAUGAAGUACAAAGUGAGCAAAUAUACUCUCUUCCCCAUUUGAAGGAAAUAACAAGAUUUAGUGCGGAAAUGAGGAUACAGGACUGCAACAGCUUAAGCCCACUUGAGCAAUUUACCAUUCACCCAUUAAUUCUGAUUCGUGGGGGCAACUAUUAUUUCUCAUUCACAAAUCCAUCCUUGUCUCUGCUGCUCACUCUCGGUUUGGUCCUACUUCUGCUUUUUUUGGUUACGAAAAAGGGAGGGGGAAAGUCAGUGCCAAAUGCUUGGCAAUCCUUGGUAGAGCUUCUUUAUGAUUUCGUGCUUAACCCAGUAAACGAACAAAUAGGUGGUCGAAAUGUGAACCAAAAGUUUUUCCCUUGCAUCUCGGUCACUUUGACUUUUUCGUUAUUUUGUAAUCCCCAGGGUAUGAUACCCUAUAGUUUCACAGUUACAAGUCAUUUUCUCAUUACUUUGACUCUAUCAUUUUCUCUUGUUAUAGGCAUUACGAUCGUUGGAUUUCAAAGACAUGGGCUUCAUUUUUUUAGCUUCUCAUUACCAGCAGGAGUCCCACUACCGUUAGCACCUUUUUUAGUACUCCUUGAGCUAAUCCCUCAUUGUUUUCGUGCAUUAAGCUCAGGAAUACGUUUAUUUGCUAAUAUGAUGGCCGGUCAUAGUUCAGUGAAGAUUUUAAGUGGGUCUGCUUGGACUAUACUAUUAUUGAAUAAUGUAUUCUAUUUCAUAGGAGAUCCUGGUCCUUUCUUUAUAGUUCUUGCAUUAACCGGUCCGGAAUUAGGUGUAGCUAUAUUACAAGCUCAUGUUUCUACGAUCUCAAUCUGUAUUUACUUGAAUGAUGCUACAAAUCUCCAUCAAUAUUAGUUCUUUCAUAAUUGAAUCAAAAUGAGGAGCCG